UGGAAGCUGUGCCUUUUGCAGCUUCUUGAUGUUGCUCACCAAUCGGAGCGGUCGGACAGGCUUCGGGUUUCCACGUGUCGAGCGAUCGCCAUAGCCAUCGCCGGAAAUUUCUCGCGGCGAGAUUUGGCCAUGGCUCGCUGGGCUCGCCGGAGGUCACGUGAUGCAGGCGGAGCUGCUCUCACUGCGUUCCGGUGCAAGCCUGGAGGUUCCUCAGUGCCCCGCUUGGCCGCAGUCGCUGCAGCUGCUUGCCGCCUUGCCGCAGCAACGUCUGGACUUUCGCCUGCGCCAUCAGGGCAAAGCCAUCACGGCUGCGGGGAGGGCCGGGAGCUGGCCCUGGACGCUGGCGCUCUUGGAGGAUGCGGAUGAAGUGAGCUUCUGCGCGGCCAUGGUGGCCUGCAGGCAGAAGCUUUGGAAGACCACCGUGCAGCUCAUGCAGGACAUGCGCUGCAGAAGAGUCAUCCCUGAUCUUUCCUGCAAGCGUGCGCUGCUGGCUGCGCGCGCGGGCGCGAAAAUUGAAGCACCGGGUUCGAGUAGUUGGGAGAGGUCGCUGGAGACGCUGGAGGACGAGCAGUGCUGCAGCAUUGCGCUGGCGGCGCUGCGCCGAUCGCCGCGCUGGCGCCAGGCGGUGCAGCUGCUGAGCUGCGCUGCCCAGCACAGAGUUUUGGAGCCUCACUUCUCGCCAGGCGACACUCGCAGCGCUGCGGCGCAGGUGCGGCGAGCGCUGCAGGGCGCUGGUCAGUGGCGGCUUAUGCUGCAGGACGUGGACGUUGGCACCCUCAGCGCCUGCCAGCGACAGAGCCGCUGGCGCCAGGUGCUCGUUCUCUACAGGACAUGCCCACAGCAGCCAAUCACCGUGAACCUGGCUCUGUCGGCCUGCAGUGAGGGCCGCCAGUGGCAAUUGGCGCUGCAGCUUUUCCUCGGCGGCUUCCGCGGCGGAAGCGGCGAGUCCAUGGCGCACGGCUGGAGCUCGCUGGUCACGGCGUGUGGAGAGCAGUGGGAGGUCGCACUGAGCGUGCUCGCGGGCCGAUUGGACGCCCCGCUGGCCGCAUGGAAUGCGCUGCUGGCGUGUUGUGCCAGGAGCUGUCCGACACGAGCGCUGGAGCUGUUCGAAGGCCUUUUGAAGCUGAAGGAGGCGGAUGAGAUUACCUACACCGCUGCGCUGCAAGCCUGUGGAUGGCAGCGGUCUUUGGCGCUCCUACAGCGCAUGGCCCGGGCGCGGCUGCGGGCCAACGCCAUUAGCUUCACGGCGGCCAUGACAAAAUGUGAUGCCUGGCGCGUUGCAGUCGAGUUGUACGCGCACGCGAUCCGCGCUGGAGUUCGGCUCGACGCGGGUUUGCGCAAUGCGGUGCAGACUUUUGGCUACGCAAAGGGCCAGCAGUGGCAAGCCGCUUGCCGGGUGCGAGCCGCGCAUGCGGCGGAGCAGCCGGAGGAGAGUGGCGCGGAGGCUUCGCUGGUGAGCUGCUUGAAGGACAGCAACCAGUGGCGGCAGGUGCUCAGCACUAUGCGCUCUAUGCCAGGCUCCGCAUCCGCGGCCUCGGCGGCUCUGUCGGCGCUGGGCGGCGAAGACUUCUGGCGCCGGGCGGUGUCCUUGUGGUCGGCCUGUCCUUCCAUGGACGGUCAGGCGCUUGGCUCUGCCAUCUUUGGGUGCCAGGCGUCGUGGAGGAGGUCGCUUCAGUUGCUGCACACGGGAGGGUGGUGCCGCCUGGCUGUGACAGCCGUGGGCCUGAAUGCAGCCAUCGAAGCGUGCGGCGCGGGGAGCUGGCGGCACGCCCUGAAGCUGGGCGAGGGCGGCGGCAACGACUUCACCCUGCAGGCGGUGAUUGAAGCCUGUGGGCGGAAUGAGCAGGUCCAGGUGGCAGUCGACCUCCUGCAGGGCAUGGGAGGUCAGUUGAGCGAGGGCGCCUUCAAUGCCGCGCUGGCCGCUUGCCAUCGCGACCUGCUCCUGAACAUCGCCCAGUGGCGCCAGGUGGCCUGCACGCGUGUCGGCAUUUCCCGGAGCCCUGGUGCAGACGCCGGCCCAGGCCGUCUGGAGAUGGUCUCCGGUGACCUUGGAAAAGGAUAUACUCUUUUGACACCCCUCAAGCCCAUGAUGCCAAGGGGCCCCAUGAGUGAGCCAGACACGAGCCAUGUCAUGUCCAACCCGGUGGAAACUCUGGAGGUGGAGUGCGCAUCGUGUGCGGAGUGGCUUCUCUUGGACUGCUUCUCCGCGUCCCAGCGCCGGAAGACCAGCGGCACGGCGCGCUGCAAGAGCUGCGUGCGCGCGGCCAAAGAUCCCCCGGAGAUCACGGAUCCGCGGCUCCAGGCCUUCGUAGACGAGUGCCGAGCUGCCAAAGAGGAGUACAAGUCCUCCCAAACCGAAGUCGUGAGCCACAUCAACUCCUGGCUCCGCCUCGGCGGGGCUCUUCGCGAGCCGCUGCCCGCGCUGGGCGACGCCCAGCAUGUGAUCUGCGCUGCGCUGCCGCGGAAUGUGACGCCUGGGCUGCGGGAUCUCCCCGGAAGAACGGCGCCUAGAGCUGAACUUGCAGGACAAGGGCAGCGAGAAGGACUGGCCUGUAGCCUUGGAUCUGGCGCACAGCUUCGCAUCAGCGCGGGUCAAGGAGGGCCCCAUUUACGUGUUCUGUGCGCUGGGCUGCAACCGCUCCGCAGUCGUGGCCAUUGCGCUGCUCAUGGCCAUCGAAGACAUGUCGCUGGACAGCGCGCUACGACUGGUCAGAGCACAACGACCCUGUGUCCGACCAAAGUACAUGCGAGUGCUUGCAGAGUACGAGGUGAGGCUUGGCCGGCAAAGCUCACGCCCUGAAUUCCUGGAAGCGCCGGAUUCCAAGUCCUUUGGGGCACUUUUCUGAGAGAUGGGCGCAGGGUUGCUCUCAGGCUUAAGAUGACCCA